AUGGCGGGAGCCGCCAUUGCCGGGGGCAGUUGUUGGCUUUGGAUGAGCAGAUGCCUGCACACCACGGUGAAGUUUCUGAGGAAAACUGGAACUGAGCAGAGGUGGUUGGAGCGGCACUUGAAGGAUCCCUUUGUCAAGGCAUCGAAGCAGCAGCAUUACCGUUGCCGAAGUGCCUUCAAGUUGCUGGAAAUUGAUGAUAAGUUCCGUGUUCUUCGUCCAGGACUCUCUGUUCUUGACUGUGGAGCAGCACCUGGUGCUUGGAGCCAGGUUGCUGUAGAGAGGGUCAACGCCUUAGGUACUGAUCCUGCUGUCCCCACCGGCUUCGUGCUUGGUGUUGACCUGCUGCAGAUUUCUCCUCUGGAAGGAGCAGCUUUCCUGUCGGAGACUGACAUCGCAGACCCCAGCACGCUGAGGGAGAUCCAGAGCUGGCUGCCCUUAGGGAAGGCAGAUGUCAUCCUGAGUGACAUGGCACCCAACGCCACGGGCAUUAGAGAACUGGAUCAUCAGAAGCUGAUCAGGUUGUGUUUAGGCCUUCUGGAUAUAUCCCAGAGCAUUUUAAAGCCAAAAGGAGCAAUGCUCUGUAAAUUCUGGGAUGGAUCUGAGGCCCAUCUUCUGCAAAGCAGACUGAAGGAGCAGUUCCAGGAGGUGAGAACUAUAAAGCCUCAGGCCAGCCGGAAGGACUCUGCAGAAUCUUAUUACUUAGCAAGGCUGUACAGAGGGAAAUGA